CAUCGCAACGAACAACACAAAUGCCCGGACUGUGAGAAGAUUUUCAAAUCAAGCAUGAGUUUGUUGCGGCACAAGCAGUUUCACAAAAAGUCGUAUAUUUGCCACGAGUGUGGAAAAGCAGUAAAAUCUAAAAAAAAUUUACAGCAUCAUCUGAAUAUGCACAGAGGUAUUAAGCCGUACGAGUGUGACAUAUGUCACGAGAGAUUCACUUAUCCCAAUAACGUAAUAACCCAUAAAAGGGUCCACACGGAUGAAAAGCCGUUCGCGUGCACUUUUUGUGAAAAGCGUUUCAGGCAAAAGCCCGUUCUGAACGUACACAUGAGAACUCAUACGGGCGAGAGACCUUUCAAAUGCGAGGUGUGUUGCAACUCGUUUAUAAGCAAAAAUAAGUUGAAAAGCCACAAGUGCGGCGGACCGGAUUACGGAUCAAGCGGGAAUUCUGAUAGUUAAUCAUAUAAUUCUUUAGCGAAAGUGAAUAAAACAAGAGGAAGCCGAUAUUCCGUUGGACAUCGUUGAUGAAGAUCUAGAGCCUCUUUGGACUUGUCCGGAAUGCUUCGUAAUUUUCGAUAAAAUAGAUCAAAUGUUGGACCAUCACGCACAAGUCCACGGCUCAGAAAUUUAUCCAUGCGAUGUAUGCGGCAAGGCGUACAAAAGACUAGAUUUCCUGAAGCACCAUAAACACUCCGAGCACCCCGAAGACUGCAUUUAUAGCUGUCCAGAAUGUUGUGAUAAGUUCCGAACAGAACAACGUUUAUCGUACCACAUGAAGUACUUCCAUCCCUUCCAAUGUGGCGUAUGCGGAAGCAGAUUCAAGCUUUCGAUGUUCUUAAAGGACCACGAACGAUACAAACAUUUUGUGUGUGAAGAGUGCUCCGAGACCUUUGCAACGAAAGAUCUUUUAUCUUGCCAUGUACAGCAAACUCAUGUUCGAGAACAUUAUAAAUGUUCGCAGUGCUCUACAACUUUCGCAACAGACCGCCUCCUAAGUUCCCACAUAAAGGAGUGUCCACAGUGCUCUAAAUCCUUUACAACCAAGAAUCUCUUAAAUACCCAUACAAAGAUCGUCCAAACAGACUACAUACACCGAGCUCUUUCACGCAUCAAGAAAUUAAAGCUAAAGCCCGCAUCAGAACAGGAGAAAGUGAUAGCUCAAUCGAAAAAACUCAAUCAUGAAUGUGACAUAUGCCAUAAAAAGCUCGGGAGGGCAAAUUCGUUGAGACUGCAUAAAGAAGCGAUGCAUUCCGAUAGACCCGAAUAUAACUGCGAUUUAUGCGACAAAGUAUUCAAUUCGACUAAAAGUUUGAACUCUCAUCUGACACGUAUCCAUUUGAAAAACUUCGAAUUCUGGUGCGACGUGUGCGGGCAGGGCUUCGUGACAAAUUUUGAAAUGCGCGUACAUCACAGAAGAAAGCACGACAAGAUACCGUUGCAGUGCAAUGUUUGCGAGAAGGAAUUUCUAACCAAGUAUAGCGUAAACAAACAUACGGCGGAGGAACAUGGCAACGAACAGCACAAAUGCCCGGAUUGCGAGAAGGUUUUCAAAUCGAAAAUGGCUCUGCGGAUCCACAACCGAUGCCACAGAAAAGAUACCUCGUAUGUUUGUCACGAAUGUGGUAAGCUGUUUUCAGCUUUGCCGGUGUUGAGACGUCACAUGAAUGUUAUGCAUAGAGGUAUUAAGCCGUACGAGUGUGAUAUAUGCAAUGAGAAAUUCACUGCAGCUGGCAGUUUAACAAGCCAUAAAAGGAUCCAUACAGGUGAAAAGCCUUAUGCAUGUACUUUUUGUGAGAAACGGUGUACACAACAGUCAUCAUUGACAACACAUUUGAGGGUGCACACUGGAGAGAGACCUUACAAAUGUAAAGUUUGUUUCAAGGAUUUCAUAACCAUGUCUAGGGUGAAAUGCCACAAGUGUCUUGGACCAGACUAUCGCCUAAGCAAGCAAAAAAGUGAAUGAAACAAAGAAAAUCAUUUGAUGUCGCACACUAAUGCUUUGUAUUCGAAUAUACAGCAGACGCUCGAUAAUGUAAACUAAUUUAAUCCAAGUGUGGUUCACAUUAUCGAAAUGUUUACAUUGCGAACGUAAUUUAUAUAUUUGAUUUAUUAAAAGAAACGUUUAAUACAUACUAUUUAUAACAAAAUGAACAAAUAUUCUAACAGCGAUAAGUAUUUUUUUAAUUAGAAGAAAAAUAAUUAACAAUUUUUGUCUGCG